CCUCUCAUCAUGCUUUUCCCAUUUAUCAAAAUCUAAGUUAUCAUUCUCAUUUAUAUCACCUACUCCCUCUCCCCUCUUUCAAAACACAAAAUAUUGUAUUAACUUGAUCUGAAGAAGAAAAAAUGAUCGCCGUAGCUGCUCAAUCUUCGAUUAAAUCUCCGGAUUCCAACCGCGUCCUCGUAUCCAGAAAUGGGCGCACACCGCUCAAACCCAAGAAUCAGCAGCAGAAGAAGGAAGAGAAUAAGCAGCAGCCUAAUUGGUGGAUCAACAACGACAUUGAUGACUCGAAUAAAGAGAAUCUUCCUCCGCCUGGUUCUGCUGGGGCCAGAAAGGUGGAGGUUCAAGUGGAGACCUCAAUUGACGCUUCACUUGCUGAAGAGCUUGGCGCGAUUAGGGAGAAGCUGGAGAGAAUGAGAUUGGAUCAGGAGAAUACGGAGAAGCUGCUCAACGAUAGACUGAUGGCGAUGGAUAUGCAAAUGAAUCAACUUGUUAAGAGAGGCCAAGUCCAGAAUUUGUUGGAAAUCGAGGUUGAUAGGCUCUACCGAUUAAAUCAAAUCAUCACUGCUUCCUCAGAGGUAUCUCCAAUUCGGUCUUUAAGAGAAAAGGAACACGAAAAAAAGAUCAAGGAAGACAAGACUAAGGGCAAUGUUAAGGCAGACGACAAAGAUAGCUGUGGAGAACUCAACAGCGGAUGCUCGUCUCCUCUCCCUCGCACACCUCUACAACCCAGUGAUGCUAGCAAAAUCAAACAAGUCAAGAAUCUAAGCUCAGAUUUUGAAUUGGAAAGUUCAUGAGUUGAAUACAAAUUUUGUUACUGCACUGUCCGCCCCUCUUUCUUUUUGGUCUAAAAAGAUAUCAGAAGGGAUGUAAAAUGUUUUUUUUCCCCAAUGAGGAUGUGAAAUUGUUGGUGAAAUGUGUCAUUGUACUAGUCCCGUGAAUGAAAUUAUAAGAGAAACUCCUUCUAUCGUA